UGGAAAUUCAAACAAUUUAUGGUACCUCAAAUACUGUAAUAUAAAAUUAUUUUUAUGGACAGAGAGCGCACUCAGUUAGUUAAGCUGUUCCUAUGAGAAAUUUAAUCGUGCUUAUGGAGGGAAUUUUUCGAAAAUGAUAAAAAUUUGAUAAAUGAUGAUAAUGGUCAGAAAACAAAAAAUGUUUAUCAAUUUUACAUAAUAAUAAUUUGUGACAAUUUUAAAUUACUGCCAACCAUAGAUAAAUAAAUACAAAUAAAGUAAUUCUGAUUAUUUGAUUAUUAAUAAUAAUCUAAAAUUAAAAUAAUUUAUUAUAAGUAAUUUACUUAACUACUUAGUCAUUUUUUUAAAAACCAAAAAUAUAUGGUGGUAAAAAAUAUAAACAUAAUAAUAUUAUACUAUAUUUUAUCUUUAAACAAUCAAUGUUCUUUUGGUUUUUCUGAAAUUAUUUAUAAUCGAGAAAAACAAUUGCAAUGAGUAAAGACAAAUUUUCGGGUAGGUAUGUUUUAUUAAACUAAUCAAUAAUAAUAAAUUAUUAAUUUUAGUAUGUACCAUUAAUAACUUAUAUUAUCUAUAGGAUAUAAUAAUAUAUUAUAUAGUUAUAGUUUAAAACUAUAACAAAUUAAACUUGUUGAAUCUUCUUUUAAAAUUGUUUGGCUACCCUAUUGUUAUAAAUUACAGGUAUUAAUAUUUUCAAAGUAAAGAAUGUAUUGUAAAAUUAAUUAUAAUUCAUAAUUAAAAUAUGAAUAUUUUGUUAUAAUUCGCUAUAGAUAGUGCAUCUGUGCUCAUAGAACUUUUAGAAGUAUCUAUUCACUGUAUACUCUAUGCAAGGAAAAUAUAUCCUGAAGGGAUUUUUGAAUUAAAGAAAAAGUACAAUGUUCCUGUGCACGUAAGAAUUUUAGUUUUGGUUUUUACUGUUUUAAAAUGUGCUAAUCUUAUAAAAUAAUUAUUUAAUUUUGUUGGAAAUUUUUUUAAAGUAUUUAGAAACAGUGCAAAAGACAGAACUAAGGGAGGUCAGUGGUAAUCACUUGGCAAGUGUUCUUGCUUGCGCUCCUUAUCUGGGAUUGAUUUGCUGUUCAAUGGCGUGUUUCUUGCACUGUUUUUUUUAAUUGGAUCAAUUUAAUACAAUACUAAUAAUUUGUAAUAUUUAAGGUUUCUAUAUAUCCAGAGUUGAAUUCUUAUAUAAAUGGGACACUUAAUUCUGUUAAAAGUUUACUGAAAUUAAACAAAUUACAAAAGUUAGAUGUUUGUUUUUAUAACAAGUUUGGAGUUGCAGUUGAACGUUUUGUAUUCAAAAUAAAUAAUGUUGAACUUGAAUUAGAUUUAUCUGAUAUUUUGUAUGUAUUCAAAUUUUUUAGUUAACUGCUUAAUAAAUAAUUAUACAUUUGUUUAUUAUCUUGAACUUAAGGAACUUAAGAGACCCAUAUUUAGUAAAAUUAGAACAAACAUUAAGAGCUUUUUGUUUAAAAUUAACAGUUUGUGAUUCUCUUUUGAAUCCUUUGCCGCCCAGUUGUACAUUUAAAAUUCACAUUCACACAACUGAAACAAGUUCCAUUGAAAUUCAAAAGGACACAGAUGUAUGUAGAAAUUAAUUUUAGUUCAUUUGUGGCACAACUAAACUAUUGAAUUUAAAAAAUGUUUUUCUAAUUAUUUAGCACGUUUUUAAAUGCUAUUUAAAUUUUAUAUUAAACUUUAUUAUAACAAAUUCAUAUAAUAUUUUUAAUAGUAAAAAUAUUUCACUACUUAGCAUUUUUUUUUUAAAUAAAUUGACAACUUUAUUAUCUUUUUAUUUUGAAAAUUUAAUUAUUUGUUUUUUUUUUUUUUAAAUUAAUGCUUUCUAAAAAUUGUCUGUAUUCAUAUUACAAUAAAAAAAAAAAAAAUCAUCUGGAUUGUCAAAAUAAAUAAUAAGUUAAUAAUAUUUUUACUUUUAGAAAUGGCCAUUAAUACCUAGUGAAAAUAAAGACAUUGUUUUAACAUCACCUGCUGUUGUACCAUUACGUAGUAUAGAAUAUGAACAUUUAAAUUUGGAAAUUUAUGUUGAAGAAGGAAAUAAGGAUGAAGACCCAGAUUUAUUUACUCCAAGUCCAUUAAUUUAAUACAAUCAGUAUUAUAUAUUAAUGAUAAAUAAUUUGAAAUAUCAUUAAUGAUACAGUCAAUAUAAAUCUAGAUUUGAUAAUUGAUUAUGUUAUUGAAAUUGUUGUAAAACAUUUUUUUACACAAUAUUUAAGUUAUAUUUUAUAUUUAUAUUGUCAUGUUUUUGUUAUUGUUUUAGUCUUUUGUUUAUGUUUUUUUUUUAAAUAUAAUUUGUUUAAUUAUUUAUUAUGAAUACAUAAUAGUGAUUGUUCAAACUGCU